AAUGCUAACAAGCUGGCUUUCCUGCCUCACCUACUGGAGACCACGGACACGGUGGCUAGCAUUUUCUCCUCGUCUUUCCUCUUCCUUCUGCUUGCUUGUCUGGACAUCCUGGUUUACACGAACGCCCAGGCUGGCUCGCCCACGGCAGAGAGCCCAAAAGGCAGCAAGUCCACUAUAAAGCCGCCAAAUGCGGUGCUGGCUGCCAUGCACACUCUGACGACUUUUCUCUCCGAAAAUGUGAACCAUAUGGCGCAGACCUUGGUAUCUUACUCCGACCCUAUCAUCCGAUAUUACACUAUCAGCACGCUCACCGGUCUGACCUACCUUUCAACUCCAGUAAAUACCGACUUGUUUUUGACCGCGCCCGUGUUUAUGAAUGUCCUUAGCAAUGACUCCACGAUCUACGUCAGGUGUGCGGCGGCAGAAAUAACAGCGUUUGCUGAAACCCACAGACCGAUUGCUGCCAUCUGUGUCCGUCUAACCCGCACACCCUAA